UUGCCAUAAUAACUCUUUUCUAUCUCCGCUCUUUCUCUCUCUCCUUAUUUUCACUCUCUAACAUAGCUUAUUAUUUUAGCUUAUUAGCUCCUAUCUACUAAAGUUUUUUAAGUUGAAAAUGGCAUUCACACCUCUUCACCUCCAUGAAUUAACCGUUAUUUUUGGCAUUCUCGGAAACAUUGUUUCCUUUGGUGUCUACUUGGCACCUUUGCCAACGUUUUGGAGGAUAUUCAAGAAGAAAUCAACACAAGGUUUUCAAUCCAUACCUUAUUCAGUUGCACUCUUUAGUGCCAUGCUUUUGUUGUACUAUGCUUUCAUCAAAGAAAAGAAUGGCACUAUGAUCAUCACUAUCAACACCAUUGGCUGUGCCAUUGAAGGAUCUUAUCUCAUUGUAUACCUCAUUUAUGCUCCUAAAAAAGCCAAGGUUUACACAGCCAAGCUGUUAGGACUAUUCAAUGUAGGGUUUUUCGGGUUGAUAGUUCUGACAACCAUGCUGUUCGUUCGAGGUAUCGACCAACAUAAGAUGUUGUCGAAAGGCGGUAUGCGUGAAAACGUUGUUGGAUGGAUUUGUGGCAUCUUCUCCGUUUGUGUCUUCGCUGCUCCUCUUAGUGCCAUUAGAAUGGUAAUUAGGACAAAGAGUGUGGAAUUCAUGCCGUUUUGGUUAUCUUUAUCGCUCACCCUUUGCGCGGUUAUGUGGUUCUUUUAUGGUUUCCUCAUUAAGGACUUCUACAUUGCUUUGCCAAAUAUCCUUGGAUUUGGAUUUGGAAUAGCUCAAAUGAUACUAUACAUAAUAUACAAAGAUUCAACAAAGAAGAAGCAAAACAAUAAUAUAAAUGGCGAUCUUGUGAUAAAAGAAACAGAUAUCAUGCAACUUCAAGAGCUAGCAGUUGACAUAAAGCUUGGUAAAGUUGAGAAAAUUGAGCAAGAUUCUACUGCUUUGGAGCACCAAAACAGGAAUGAAGUUAUUGAAGUUAUUGUGGAAGAAAUGGUUGAGGAGAAGGAGAACAAAAACAACAGUAAUAAUGGAAAUAUUACUACUCCUCUUGGAAAUGGUAAUAAUAAUAAUGAGAUGAUUAUUAACGAGCCCGAUGGAAAAGCAGCCGUUGAUGAUGUGCCACGUGGAUAAUGCAAUAUUAUAUGCAGGUGUAUGGUAGUAUCUUGUGUAUCCACAUCUUAGAUGUGGUUUUGAGGGUGAUUGGUGCAAAUUAAACAAGCUAGGUGGGUCCAUUAAUGAAAAAAACGAGGGGGCAAAGCAAAAGGGAAAAUGGAAGGAAAAAAAAAAAGUAACAUGGAGGACAUUCAUGCAAGCGACGAGGGGAGCAAAAUAUAUUUCAUGUAUAUUUUCUGAAGGUUUCUAGAUUUUAUUAUUGAAGCAUUUCUUGUACUUGUGUCAAUUAAAUUUCCAUGUUUUUUUUUUUUCCAAACUAGGGUAAUAAUUUCAUUAUUGUUAUGUAGUAAAUAUUUUUAUGUUAAUUCUGUGUACCACUUCUAACUUAAUUCGGUUGUAUUGAAAAACCUUUGUCCUAAUAAUGUGUUUUAUCCCGAUUUUUUAUAUUCAUUUUAGAUUAAUAAUAUAAUAUUUUUAAUUA